AUGGACAGAGAUGGAGAUACACCGAAGCGUCCGUGGGAUACCUGUCGAGAGGUUCCCUUCAUUGAAGAUGAACAGACGCCAUGGAAGAUGAUCAAACUAUUAAAGUUUAUCUCUCUGUGUGUCGUGGCUGUGGCCGUGUUUGGAUUGGCGCUAUGUAGCAAGACUUCAUUCCUCCUCCUCAUUACCUUGUCCAAUGAAGGCACAAAAACCCUCCCAGAUGACAUGAAACCUGUUGCUCUGCUUUGUAUCGGCUGCACUCUUAUCACUUCCAGCAUCUUGCUAUUUCUCAAAAGUACAUGGAAGGCGUGUUACAAAACAUCAAAGCUGCCAAGAAAAUCGACUAUUGCCCUGAUUCUGUUCUUUGAAUUCCUCGUGGCUGUGGGUGCAGCAAUUCUCACCAUUGUGGCAAUGCCACACUUGGACAUUGUGACCAACGUGGCGAUACUGAACGGUGUAGCUGUCCUGUCUGCGCUCCUACAGGUGAUCACUCAGUGCACCGCCAAAGAAAGAAACCGCUUCCUUGUGCCAUCCAUCACCGCCUUCAUCCUCAUUUUGCUCGGUUACGUCCUCUUCCUCAUCUUAUACAUCAUGAAGGAUCCUACUGAUAUUAAGAUGGCCAUUUGGGUGGGUCUGGCUGUUGGUGGGUCCUUCUUGGUGUCUUUCAACUGGUGGGAGAGCUAUUUGAGACUGAUCAGCAAGAACAGCAGCUCCGUCUUUUUCAAAGAGCUGUGUAUAGACAUGACUAAGUGCCAGAACUUGCUGAACAUCGUCUCCAGCCUGCUCAGGAUCGUUGUGACCGCCUGUGUGCUCGGAGCUUACGUCCCUCUGGCGCAAAUGGACUGGGACAUUGUGACAUCCAUCCCAAGACGUGAGACAAAAAUUAUAGCCAUCAUCAUUGGGGUCCAGCUGGUCUCCUCUGCACUCUGUCAUUGGUUUUCUUUGGUAGCGUGCAAGAUGCAUGCCCUGCGACGAUGCUUCAUUCUGCCUUUGUACCUGUCAUCUCUGGCCGUCAUGGUUCUGUUCAUCGUCCCUGUUAUCGUUUACUAUCAAGACUACAAAAUAAGUCUGAACGGGACUGCAAUCAACUUCACUGGCUACUGCAAUGAAGUUGUAGAUGGAAGGAACCAAAACCUGACUGGCAGUGUGUUCCCACAUCUGGUUUUGGAUGUUACACACACUCUGUGCUUCUUGGACAUGUCCAAGAUAACUGACAUUGGCCUACUAACAGGUUCAGCAGUGUCCUGGUGGCUCGGCCUUGUGUUGGCCACUCUCCAUCUGUGGUACCUCAAAGUCUAUCGUAUCCAGCGGACCCAAGACCUGUUCACCAGGAGGCUGUAUGAAGGGGCUUUUAUCGAGCAAUCCCUGCUCCUCAACACCCGAUUCGACAUCCAGACCAAAAACAGGACAAAGAAUUUCAGGAAAUUUGAUACGGCGAUGGUGUAUCUGUGUGCGACCAUGUGGCACGAAACCUACGAUGAGAUGAUGAACAUCAUUAUUUCAAUUUUCAGACUGGACAGGUAUAGACCAAAGAUAGAGCCAAAGUACACUGAUUUCACCUUUGAUGCCCAUAUCUACUUUGAUGACGCAUUCGAUGAAGUGAAGGGGAGUCAGGGGCGUCACCUCAACAAAUAUGCAAAGGAUCUUGUGAAAAUCCUCACCGAAGUUUAUAGCAUCUUCACCAACAUCGAUCAGAUGUUCUUCAAAAAUAAUCAGAAAAUCACUGAGCAGAAGGUCAUAAUGACACCGUAUGGGGGUCGUCUGGUGAUCACCAUGCCUCAAGGGAACCUAAUCACGGUUCACUUCAAGGACAAGCAACUCAUCCGCCACAAGAAGAGAUGGUCUCAGGUCAUGUACCUUUACUAUCUUCUGGGCUGGAAACUCAUGGCCAAAUAUCACAAACUUUUUAAAAAUAAAAACCCAAAUGUAAAUCAAAACAAACUGUGCCUGCUCCUCCAGAAAGAGAAACACAACACCUACAUCCUGGCUUUAGAUGGGGACACAGACUUCCAACCAGUUGCUGUGAUGCUGCUCAUUGAUCGUCUGAAAAUGUACCCACGUGUUGGCGCAGCCUGUGGCAGGAUUCAUCCCACCGGAUCAGGUCCUGCAGUGUGGUUCCAGAAGUUUGAGUACGCUGUCAGUCAUUGGCUGCAGAAGACAGCGGAGCACGUGAUUGGCUGUGUGUUGUGCAGCCCCGGCUGCUUUAGCCUGUUCAGAGCAGAGGCGCUGAUGGACGACAAUGUAAUGAAGAAAUACUCCACCAAGUCCAUGGAGGCGAGCGACUACAUCCAGUACGACCAAGGUGAGGACCGCUGGCUGUGUACUUUGCUGCUGAAGCAGGGAUGGAGAGUAGAGUACAACGCGGCAUCUGAUGCUUACACCAACGCACCUGAGGACUUCAAAGAACUCUACAACCAGCGUCGGCGAUGGGGACCGUCCACACUGGCCAACGUGAUUGAUCUGCUGGGCUCCACCACAACCAUUUCCAAAAGAAACCCGUCCAUUUCCAGAGCCUUCAUGUUCUACCAGCUCUUUGCCAUCACCUCAGCCAUCUUGGCCCCUGCCACCAUUUGUCUUUUGAUUGCAGGUAGUUUGACCUUCAUUCUUAGCAUGCAUGCCAGCGGUGCCCUGGUCCUGGCUGUGAUACCACCUGUCAUCUUCCUGAUUCUUUGCUUCUAUGUGAAAUCGGACACUCAGAUCACUAUUGCAGGAGUCAUGAGUAUCAUAUAUGCAUUCCUCAUGUUGAUAGUGACAAUGUCCAUUAUUGGCUCAAUGGUGAAGGACAAGACCAUCCUUACACCAAGCAGCAUUUUCAUCAUUGCCAUGGCCAUCAUUUACAUCAUCACUGCAGUAAUGCAUCCUCAGGAAAUCCAGCUGUUGUUCCACGGCUUUCUCUACAUCAUCUGCAUCCCCAGCGCCUACCUCCUGCUUAUCAUCUACUCCAUGGUCAACAUGAACAAUGUGUCCUGGGGCACGCGGGAGACGAAACCUGCCGGUGGAGCUGCCACACCUGAGCCUGCCGCCAAGCAAACAAAAACCCAGAAAGCCAAAAGCACCUUCCAACAGCUCUUCUCGUGGUGCAAAUGCUGUAAAAGAUCCAAUCAGACAUCUGGAGGUGAGCAGCUCGCUGUCAGCCACGAGGUCCUGAUCAUACAGCCUGGAUCCCAGCCCCAAAACACUAAUGUGGAGGACGAAAGGACCCCAGGGGAAGAGCAGAGGAUGGUGGAUUCUGCUUUCGACUCACCAAUCCAAUGUUGGAUCACACAACUCCAGAGUGAGUGCAAUGAUAUGCAGCUGCAGAAGGAAUCACUCGACAAGGAUGAGGAGGAGUUCUGGAUAGAGCUUCAGAAGAAGUACCUGGAACCUCUGCAGGACGACAAAGAGAGACAGAAAAAGAUUAUCAAUGACCUGCGAGAGCUGAGAAACAAGAUAAACUUUGCCUUCUUCACCUUGAACGCCCUCUGGCUUGUUGCAACAUUUACCCUCCAAAUCUUCGAGGCCUCCUUCUCCAUCAAGAUCCCCAAGGUCAACUUCGACCUGGAGCCCACCGAUGAAGACAUAACAAUCGAUCCCAUUGGCUUCAUGUUCAUUCUGGGAUUUGCGACCUCAGUUGUGAUCCAGUUCCUUACUAUGUUCUACCACAGAAUUUACACUCUGAUACAUUAUGUGGCCUUUCUGGGCACAGAGCUCAUAAAGCACGAACCUGAUAAACCAGAACCACCAGGCAAAAAGGAAGUAUCUGUUUCUGAAUCUGACUCCACCACCGACAACAACUCAGAUGCGGACUCUGAAAUUGAUGACAGUGAUGAUGAUGAUAUGUACUUUAGAAGUAGUCAUAAAAAUGUGGACGCGCCCGCCCCCUGCCCUCACCUCCCCCAACACAGCCACCCAGACUGUCCCCAUGAACAAUGCAACCCCCCUCCCCCCACCAUCACUGAAGAUCAGUCGUCUUUCCUCCUCCUCAUCACCUUGUCCAAUGAGGGGACCAAGACCAUUCCAGAUGAGCAGAAACCUGUCGCUCUGCUGUGUAUCGGCUGUGUUCUCAUCGCGUCUAGUGUGCUUCUCUUCACAAAGAGCCUCUGGAAGGCGUGUUACAAAACCUCAAAGAUGCCGGCCAAAAAAACUCUAGCUUUGGUUCUGUUCUUUGAAUUCCUCGUGGCUGUGGGUGCAGCAAUUCUCACCAUCGUAGCAAUGCCACACUUGGACAUUGUGACCAACGUGGCGAUACUGAACGGUGUAGCUGUUCUUUCUGCGCUCCUACAGGUGAUCACUCAGUGCACCGCCAAAGAAAGAAACCGCUUCCUUGUGCCAUCCAUCACCGCCUUCAUCCUCAUUUUGCUCGGUUACGUCCUGCUUCCUCAUCUUAUACAUCAUGAAGGAUCCUACUGA